AUGAUCGCUGGAGUAAUUAAAUGGGUUUCAAUUAUGGCCUUGAUUUCCACUUACAAGUCUUUGCCUGGUGCGUAUUUUGUAAGAUUCUACUUGCGUGCCCUUAAAAACCUCGUUUUGCCUCAAAUUACGGGGAAGAACACCAGAAACAUUAGGACACUACAAAACGAUAGAUACGGUUGUUUCGCUUACACGACAUUAUCGACGUAUGCUUCUCCAUUCGAAUGCGACUUUUACAUGCACAAGAGUAACAGUACUUAUUUCGAAGAAAUGGAUAUCUCGAGGGGCGAUCUCAUGACCACCAUUUUUCAAAAACUAUUUUUGACGUCUAAAAGAUGGCCCUACGUACCGGUUGCCAACGUUUUCACAAACUUCUUGAAGGAAAUCAAGCCGUUUCAGAGAUACGAAGUUCGGAGUUGCAUAUUAUGUUGGGACGAAAAGUGGAUUUACGUGUUGAGCCGCUUCUUGAUCAAUAAUGGGUCUCAAUUAGCUUCGCUUGGCAUCACAAAGUAUGUUUUGAAGGACGGAAGAAAGACGAUUGCACCUAAGGACGCGUUGGAAAUUUGCGGUCUUCUCAAUGACGAAGUCGAGGCCAUUUCUGCUAAGAACUUGAAAGUUUUGCAAGAGCAAUCUGGAUUUCACAAUACUACGCCGUUGGAGACCAUCAAACACGAAUACACUGCCAUUUAA